ACUCCCGGUCUGGCCUCCUGAGCAAGAGGCAUUGGCGGCAGUGUUUUACAGCGACUUUCUUCAAAUUCCAGUUUUCCAGAGAAUUAGAAGUUGUAUCUGUAGCAAAUUCAAGAAGAGGAAGGAGACAUGAAGCCAAUAUCCGAGGACUUACGGUAUAAUGCCCCAAGUCCGGAAAUCAUCAAUAUAAUGGAUGAAGAAUUUUACCUGACUGGCAGUGAUGCGAAUGGACACCCGGAUGCUGAUGACGCAUACCCUGGCCCAUCUACAAAUGAAAGGCGCCUUGUUGAGGAUGUCAGUGAUGAAUACAUUAUAAUUCUAUAUGACAGUAUUCGCUAUGCUCAGACUCAUCGUGAAGAUCACGACCAGGCAUCGGAAGAUCCAGAGCAUGGUAUUAGCAUGGCCCUGCAUGUGAACGAAAACUCUGAAGGCAAUUCCACAGAUCUACAGCAAAGCCUUGCAACAGAGACAAACCCAUACUGUGAAAACAUAAACCCUGACCAAUCCACAAGUGACAGAACUCCAAAUGAGAAUAUCAGUGAUGAAGAACUACAUGAGUGUAUUCAGUAUUCACAUACUCACCAUGCAGAUAACCAGGAUUCCGGAGACAGUUUCACAAAUGGACAUCUGAGCCCCGAAACUGGAAGAAACCUCAACUCUGAAGACAUAAAUGAAAGAAUCCCAACUAAUAAUUUAUGUGAAGUUCGUAAUGCACAUUCUCCCCAUGAAGAGGAGGACCAGAGUGCAGAAAAUCAAAUGCAUGCUUCCAGUAUCAUAAAUGAUAUUCCUGGACAUUCAAGGGCCAAUAUUGACGAAACCGACAACUUAACAAUUGAAAAGCUCCAGGAAGGAACCAAUGAGGGGAGAAAAAGGAAACAUGAAUCAGAGGAAAUGAAUGGAGAGCCUUUUAAACGCCAGUGUAGAGAGAUUAUUCAGGCUGAAAGCUCUAGCACCGUUAGUUCUCCUAGUCAUUCCUCAGUCGGCGAAGAUACCUUCACCAACCUACAGUAAAAAAUAAAUUGUCUGAUGAUUUUAUCAUCAUCAUUGGACAAGUUCAGAGCGCAGAAUUUCCUGUUGCUUUCAUUUCUGAGCAGCUAGCAGACUUGUGCACUCGCCACCAAGUCUGACACGCUCCGCCCGCUCAUGCUCCACACCCCGUGAUCAAUCACAGGGUGUGGAGCAUGUACGUGCGGAACGUUUCAGACUUGGUGGCGGGGCCAUUGUUCUGCUAGCAAGGAAAUUCCAAGUAAGAGAGGUGUAAGGACGACAGGAGAGGGAUAGCGAAAGGGAGAGAUAGGAGGAGGGGGGAAAGGGAGAGGGAGGAUUCAAUUCAAAUUCAAAACACUUUAUUCUGAUUUACCUGAUUUGUCCGAGGAAGCACCGGGGAAGCUCCCUGGCUGGCCCCCUGUGACCCGGGAGGGUAGUCAGAUUUCCCUCUGACUGCGGGACCAUGAGAUGCCAGAGUUUGCUGAGCUGCUAGGCGGCUUCGGAGAGGAGGCAAAAACACGACCGUUCACCACUAUAGUAGUAUGAUAUUAUUGCAUCUUCAAUUUGAACUGGUGUCUUAUCUCAUUGGGGAGUGGUUGUAAGUGCCUACAGGUAUGACUGGGUGUUGGAAGCUGAAGUUGGAGAUCUACGGGGGACUAGUCAGCUAAUCUCCCUCGCCGGAGAUUGGACAAGUGAGGUCCUUCUUGCACGGGAAAGUUUGUGUGUACACACACACACUCACACAUACGCACGCACACACGCACACGCACACGCACGCACGCACGCACGCACCAACACACACACACACACACACACACACACACACACACACACACACACACACACACACACACACACACUCACACACACACACACACACACACACACACACACACGCCUACACACACACACGCACACACUCCCACCCCCAGUGGGCACUUUCCAGGCCGAGAAGGGCUUGAAUCCUCCAAUCUCCUUCUGGCGGUCACCUCGUUCUUAUUCGAAAUAACCGUUCUGAACUUGUCCAAUGAUUAUGAUACUCUUCCGUGGGUUGUUACCUUGACGAGGUGGAAGAGCUUGUGUACCUUAAGGAUUCUGAGAACGAAACCAUCGGUAACAGGUCUACAGGCAUCUGGGAUGAGAGUAGACGAGUGCUGGUAGGGUCACCCAUGAUGGGACGGUCUCAGGAGAAAGGGCAGACGAAAACAAUCCGUGUUGCUUAGGAUAUAUGGGUAAUAUCUGGUCCUUCUUGUGUAAUUUGUCGUGAUGCGAUAGAUUUGUUUCGGAAUAUGUAUAUUUUUAUACUAAAAAAUAUAUUUUCUGUAACUUUGUAUUACUUUAUUUAUAAUAAAUUGUGCAUUAUAUAAUUUACUGUUGAACAUUAAAUAGUGAAUCAUG